CAGGUCAAUGUUGAGGACACUGUCGAGAUGCUGCCCAAGUCGCGGCGCGCACUGACCAUCCAGGAGAUCGCUGCCCUGGCCCGCUCCUCGCUGCAUGGCAUCUCUCAGGUGGUGAAGGAGCACGUGACGAAGCCAACGGCCAUGGCGCAGGGCCGCGUCGCCCACCUCAUUGAGUGGAAGGGAUGGUGCAAGCCGGUGGAGCCGCCCACUGCCCUGGAGAGCGCCUUCAGCUCCUACUGCCACCUGAGCGAGGGCGAGCAGGAGGCACGCUUCGCUGCUGGCGUGGCAGAGCAGUUUGCCAUCGCCGAGGCCAAGCUGCGAGCCUGGUCCUCGGUGGAUGGGGACGACUCCAAUGACGAGUCCUACGAUGAGGACUUCGUGCCCUCCACGGAGAGCUCCCAGCCCACUGGUAAGUUGCCCGCCAGCGCACUUCUGCGAGACCUGCUGCAGGGCCACCUGUGCCAGCUGGGUGUGCGGCACGGCUCCUGCGAACCCGAGAGCGACUCCUCACACACCCUCUCCCCCGAGACCCUCUGCUCCAGCCUCUGCAGCCUGGAGAUGGUAUCCCCCUCCGAACUCACUGCCAAACUGCUGGGCUCCCUGGGGGGUGAGGAACUGCUGCUGCCCAAGCUGCCCCCUCCAGCCAGCCAAAGUGCCUUGCGGGGCCUGGCACGGCUCCGGUGCCAGGACUCCCUCUACUCCAUGUCCUACGCCGAAGCUUGCCUCUCGCCCGCUGAGGAUGAGGUGGUGCUGAGCAAGGACUUCCCGCUCCGCCGGAAAGUCUCCGAUGUUGCCUCCUCUGGGGUGGCAUCGCUGGAGGAAGAGGAGGAGGCUGAAGAGCCCUGA